AUUAAUUUAUGAAUUUAUUUUUUUAUAUAAUUUUUUUUUUAUGAUUAUAGCACUUUUUUUAUCCGAAAUUUUCCUUCGGUAUUCCAUGUUUCAUGAAGAGAUGGGCCCGUUGGGCCUUCCCAUUUUUGCCGAACUGGACUUGAGACUUUAGGGCGAGCCCAAGGCUCUUUUGCUGAAUAAAUUAGCAUGCGUGCAAAUGGCCCAUGCAUCAUCUCUCUCCUUCAAUCCUUUAAGAGGACAAGGUUUGCAUGAGCUGCACGACCUCCGACUGCUUGUGCUUCGAAAGAGUAGGAUGCCUUGCUGAAAGUUCUACUCACCAGGCGAUCCUCCCCUAAAUGAAAAGAAAAAAAAAAAUGAAAUGAAAUGAGGGAGUAAGAGGAGAUAUCUAUAAUUGUUUUUAAGAAUCACUGUCUGAUCUUUUUAUGUGUGGAUUGGAUUAUGUGAAGAUGUUAUGCAGACAUGUACUGAGUUCCGUAUCUUUCAUACGUAGUUAGUGAAAGGUCGUUAUAUGUGAUAUCGAAUCGAAGUUCAUAUGAACCAAUGACCCAAGGAUAUAGAAUCUUGCAGAUUUUAACUGAUGUUUUAUCGGGCACUUUCCUCAGAUGCACCUCUCCGACAAAGGGUCAAGUUCUGGAUGAUUCACUGCCAUAUCUAAUUUAGUUUUUGGCAGUAGCUGCAUCAAAGAUAAACACUAAAUGAAGAAGCAAUGGCAGCAGCUCGAUCGAGUGGUGAGAAGAUUUGACCAUCAAUUUGCAGUCUCCCCCCAUGCCAAUUUCCCUGACAAAUGGACCAACCCAGCAAGCAAACCAUGCAAGAGAAGAUGGGUCGUUGAUGGGGGGUUUCACUGUCACACCCAAAGCUGCUCCAACUGUACCCUACUCGUAUGGUCCCCUCCAAUCUGAUUCACCAUAUGGGCAAUGGGCCAGUGUUUCAAUCUCGAUCCUUAACGCAUGCAGAACUAAUGAGAUGAGAAGGUGGAUGUAACCCGGAGGUUUGUUAUUCAACCAAACAUAAGACAUUGGAUAAGUUUUGGAGUUUUCAAAUCCUAGAGACUAGUAGAGACACAACAAUAAAUCCGGCCUUGCUUCCUCCUUAGCAUCAGUAUAUAUAUACUUGGUUCCCUCCUUGCAAAUGGCCUAUCUAAACAGGAAGCUAUAAUACAAAGGAAAAGAAUGUAGCUUUCAGGUGCAUGCUGGCUGCUCGGAAUAAAAUGAAAGGGAUGCAUGCAGGCUGGCUGGUUUAGCUGGGACGAUGUCCACUCCCUUGAUUCUGAAAGCAGAAAUGAGCUUGGUCACUCACAUAUCGUUGAGGAGAUAGUUGUGUGUUCCCUAAAGCAUUCAAGAACUACCUUAGAUAUAUCUCAGCUAAAGAGGAGGAAGAAGAAGAUAAUAUGAAAAUAAAAUGCGACGUAUGCGAGAAAUUGGAGGCAGAGGUGCUAUGUUGUGCGGAUGAAGCGGUACUAUGCAGGGGAUGCGACGAGAAGGUGCAUGCAGCUAACAAGCUGUCACAAAAGCAUGAGCGUGUCCGUCUUGUCAAACACCCAUUGUCGUCUUCGUCAUCCUCCUCUUCGCAUGAUCCCCAGCUCCCUCCAUGUGAUGUCUGCCAGGAAAGAAAUGGAUAUUUCUUCUGCUUAGAGGAUAGAGUAUUACUCUGCAAGCACUGCGACUUCACAACCCAUACGGGAACUCCCUACGCAUCACCCCACCAAAGAUUUCUUAUUGCAGGCCUUAAAGUCGCCCUUCAACCUUCAAUCAACCACCACGACAUGAUUGGCUUCAACAGUGGAAAUUCAAGCUCGCCAAUGUCGAAUAGUUCUUUCAGUUUCCCUGCUGACAAUGAGAGCAAGGCGGCAAUGACAAUGGAAGUUGAGGCUGCAUCGGCAGAGACUAGAACCACCUUCUCAGAUGAACAUCACUUCGCAACCGCAUUGGAUGAGAUAUUUGACUAAGGAUUUUAACUACAAUGAGUUUUCCGAAGUUGGGUCAUCAAGUACGCCAAAUUGUAC